AUGCUCAAUAAUAAUAAUAACAAUAAUAGUAUUACAGAAAAAUCACCAUCUCGUUUUUCGUAUCUAAUACGACCAACAACACCAUGUAUAUUUGGAACAGAAAAUUAUGAUGAUCAAUUAGUGGAUGAUGAUGAAUUUUUUAUUACUGCUGGUGGUAUUGUUCAUUCAUGUCCUAAUAUCUAUGAAUUAUCAAUCAAAGAUGAACAUGAAUAUCGAAAAUUUCAAUCAUGUAAUCUUUUAAUGUUUAUUAAUAAACAAACAACAUCAAUAAAUAAUCAUUUAAAUACUUAUGAUACAGAAUUCAAUCAUUAUUCGAUUUUACCUCGUUUUCAACCUAUAUCAUCAUCAUUAUCAACUGAUUCAAUUAAUUCUGAAAUAGAAUUAUAUAAAGAAAGACAUGCAUUUGGUCUUUCUCGAAAAUAUCAUCAUACUAUGUCAAUACAUUCAUCAUUUUUACCAAAAACAUGGAAAUCUGACAAUUAUCUUUUGCUUAUGCCUGUUCUACGUCAUCAAUUUUCAUCGUCAAUUUCAAGUGUUCGUAAUAAAGGAUUACGUUCCUAUAAUAUUCCAAUUCGACGAACAUUUACAUCUAUAUUCUUUUGA